GUGAUUUGAAGUUAAUUCAUCCAUUUCUUUUGUUUUAAAUUAUUCUAAACUGAUUGUUACUAUUUUGAAUAUAACAAUUAUUCAUUAAAUCUUACAAUUACAUAUAUAUAUAUAUUACUCAAUAUAGAUUCUUAUUGAUACAUUAUGCCUUCUGAAAUUUGUCCAAAAUGUCAAAAAGCUGUUUAUGCUGCAGAAAGAAAAAUAGCCGGUGGUAAAGCAUGGCAUAGUAUGUGUUUAAAAUGUGGUUUGUGCAAUAAAAUGUUAGACAGUACUACAGUGGCUGAACAUGAAGGAGAAGUAUUUUGUAAAACUUGCCAUGGUCGUAAAUUUGGUCCUAAAGGUUAUGGAUUCGGUGGAGGUUCUGGAGCAUUGAAUAUGGAUACUGGAACUCAUGUUGGUAAUAAAGAAACAGAAAUGUCAAAUAAACCAACAGCUGGCGCAAUAGGUGGUAAAGUUAUACCUCCGGAAGAAGGUGGUUGCCCACGUUGUGGUAAACGAGUAUAUGAUGCCGAAAAAGCUAUUGGAUGUCCAAGUGGACUCAACUUUCAUAAAGCUUGUUUCCGAUGUAAAGUAUGCGGGAAAUCACUUGACUCAACCACGUUGUGUACUCAAAAGGAAGAAAAAGAAAUUUAUUGUAAAGCUUGUUAUGGAAAAAAUUUCGGACCAAAAGGUUUUGGUUUUGGACAAGGUGCUGGUGCAUUAAAUAUGGGUUGAUUAUUAUAUUAUAAGAUAAUUCACAAUCAAUAUUAUUUUCUGACAUUAGUUUCGGUAAAACAAAGAAAAAAAGAAACGAGCCAAACACAAAUCGAUAAUUCAUCUUGCUCGAUAACCUUUUUUUUUCUACCUAAAAUAAUUUUUUUUCGCUUUUUAAUUUAUAAUUUUCAUUUUAGUCAAUAGUUAAACAUGAUUGUAACCAUGAGAAAUCACAAACACAAACACACACACACAUACACACAAAGUGUUUACUUAUCUUUUUACUAAAACAUCUUUAAAAUAAACAAAUCAACACUGGGUUUUUUUUCGAAAAGAAAAGAAAUAAAUAAAUAAACAAUGAUAUUUAUUAUUGAUUGUUUCAAGUUUUAUAGAGUUGCGGGUUUUUUAUUCUUAAGAAUUUAGCAAACUCUUUCUCUUGAUAAACAUUUUGAAUAAAUUUUCAUUUAUCAACUGAAUAUUUUCUCAAUCUUCUGCUUCCUUCCCUUCUUCUUCUUCUUCUUGUUCUUGUUCUUCUUCUUCACUGGUUUAAAGUAAACAAAAUUUAUUGAAUUCAAUGAAUUAUCAUGUUUAUUCAUCUUGUUAAUGAAUAAAAUAUUUAUUUAAUU